AUGCUAGGAGCCUCUAGUUCCGAAGAUGAAGAUGAUGAUUUUAUUCAGGAGAAUGAUAAUUCAUCUGAUGUUCUUACGUUACCACGAAGGAAUAUGUUUAAUGAUCCAUCUUUAUUAGUAGGUUCAAUACCUCAUCAUGGAUCCAGUGGUUUAAUUGGCCAUCCAUUAUCAACAUCACCAAGAUCUGAUUCCCCAGCACCUUCAGACUCUGUGUCACAAGCAAAUUCUUUAAAACGUAGUGAAUCAAAUCAAGUACGUAUGGUUUCACAUAAUGGAUCAUUUAGAACAGGUCACCUAUUACCAAAAAAAAUAUCAGGAGGCGCAAAUAAUUCAUUAACAUUGCAAAAAAAUCUUCAUUCUUCUCAAGAGAUAUCAGAUCAGGAUGAAGAAGAAAGAUAUUCAGGUGAUACACCAUUACAUGGUACCUCAUCUGAUACAACAGCCGGCGGUAAAAUAAGUAAGGAGGAAGAGGAACGCCUAAAGGCAGAAAAAGAGGAAGAAGAACAUAAAGAAAGACUACAAUUAUAUGUAUUUGUGGCAAAGUGCAUUGCGUAUCAUUUUAAUGCUAAACAACCAACUGACAUGGCAAGGCGGCAAUUAAAAAUAACAAAACAGGAACUUUCAAAAAUAAAAGAGCGCUUUCAAAGUUUCUUAAGAGGUGAAACUCAAAUACCCGCUGAUGAAGCCUUAACAAAAGCUAUUGAAUCAUAUUAUGAAGUAUUUCUUAAAAGUGAAAGAGUUGCUAAAAUUGUUCAAGCAGGAGGUUUUUCUGGUUAUGAUUUUCGUGAAGUAUUUCGUUGUAAUAUUGAAAAAAGAAUAAGAGUAUUACCAGAAAUAGAUGGAUUAAGUAAAGACACAGUUUUAUCUUCAUGGAUGGCUAAAUUUGAUUUGAUAAUUAAAGGAGAUGAAGACAAUAAUCAAAAUAGAGGUGGACGAGGACGCUUACGGGGAGUUAAUGCUACAAAUGCUGAUUCAAUACAAUCAAAAGACCAAUUAUAUGAUAUGUUUCAACAAAUAUUAGGAAUAAAAAAAUUUGAACAUCAAAUAAUAUUUAAUGCAUUACAACUUGACAAUCCUGAUGAACAGGCAGCUGCAAUAAGAAGAGAAGUAGCAACAAGAGAAGAUGUCUUAAAAGAUGUUAGUAAAUUAAAAAAAAUAAUGCCAAAAUUUGUUGUAAAAGAUAUGGAAACAUUAUUUAUGGAUGAAACACGACAAUCUAUUAAUUUAUUAAUAUCUAAUUUAGAAUCAGUUCCAGUAACGCCAAGAGGUCAAGGUAUCAGUGGUCGCAAGAAAGAUAAUAAAAGCAGGAGUAGGCAUGUUUAUUUAAGCCUUAAACGUCGGACUUCAUCAUUAUCAUUAAAUAAGGCAGAUAAUGAUGAUGGAGAAGUGUCAUUAACAAAAAGUGAUGUAACAUUAACAUUUAAUAUGGAAGUUGUAGUAAUGGAAGUUCAGGGUCUCAAAUCUAUUGCCGCAAAUAGGAUUGUUUAUUGUACCAUGGAAGUUGAUAGUUGUCCAAAAUUACAAACUGAUCAUGCAGAAGCUGGUAAACCAACAUGGGAUACACAAGGAGAUUUUACAACAAAAUAUCCAUUACCAACUGUUAAAAUAAAAUUAUACUCUGAAGUUAAAAGUAUUGUAGCAUUUGAAGAUAAAGAAUUAGGUAAAGUAAUAAUAAGACCAACACCAAAUUGUACAAGAUCACCAGAAUGGUAUAAAAUGACUGUACCAAAAAAUAGUUCAGAUCAAAAUUUAAAAAUUCGAAUAGCAAUUAGAGUUGAAAAACCACCAAAUUUAAAAUAUUGCGGUUAUUGUUAUUCAGUUGGUAAAAUAGUAUGGAAAAAAUGGAAAAGAAGAUUUUUUUGUUUAGUACAAGUUUCACAAUAUGCAUUUGCUAUGUGUAGUUAUAGAGAAAAAAAAUCUGAUCCAACUGAAUUUAUACAAUUAGAUGGUUUUACAAUAGAUUAUAUGCCUGAACCAGAUUCAGAUUUAUAUAAUCAAGGUGGUAAAUAUUUUUUUACAGCUAUUAAAGAAGGUGAUGAAUUAAAAUUUGCAACAGAUGAUGAAAAUGAUAGACAUUUAUGGGUACAAGCAUUAUACCGUGCUACAGGACAAGCAUAUAAACCGGUACCACCAAAACAAUCAUCGAGUAAUGUAUCUAAAGCACAAGGAUUUGCUGAUAAAGCUAGUAAACAUGGUAUUGAUGAACAAAUAUUAUGUGAUCCUGUAUCAUUAAAUCAUGAUCAUAGUUUUGCUAAGAUACAAAGUGCUAGUUUAGAAUAUCGUUUAAAUGAACCAAUAUGUUCAUUAGGAUGGUUUUCACCAGGUCAAGUAUUUGUAUUAGAUGAAUAUUGUGCAAGAUACAUGGUAAGAGGUUGUUUUAGGCAUGUAAGUCUUCUUGAAGAAUUACUUAAAAAAGCAGAUGAAGGACAUUUAAUUGAUCCUACUUUAAUUCAUUAUUCAUUUGCAUUCUGUGCAUCACAUGUUCAUGGUAAUCGUCCAGAUGGUGUUGGAACAGUAACAUUAGAAGAAAAAGAAAAGUUUCAGGAAGUAAAAGAGAAAUUACGGGCGUUAUUAGAGAAACAGAUAACAAAUUUUCGGUAUUGUUUUCCAUUUGGUAGACCAGAAGGAGCAUUAAAAGGAACAUUAUCAUUAUUAGAACGUGUCUUGAUGAAGGAUGUUGUAUCACCAGUCCCACCAGAAGAAGUUAGAGCUGUUAUUAAAGAGUGCCUAGAAAAUGCUGCACUAGUAAAUUAUUCAAGAAUUUGUAAUGAAGCUAAAAUUGAACAAAGAAUGGGUGAAGAUGUUACAGCACAACAACGUAUAGAAGAUUUAAUAAGAGUAACAGAAUUUUGUAUAGAUUUAUUAAAAGAAAAUGAAGAACAUCAUGGGGAGGCAUUUGCUUGGUUUAGUGAUCUUCUUUCACAUCAUUCAGAAGUAUUUUGGUCAUUUUAUUCAGUUGAUUUGGAUGCUGCAUUAAGUGUUCAACCUCCUGAUUCUUGGGAUGCAUUUCCUUUAUUUCAAUUACUUAAUGAUUUCCUUUGUUCUGAACCUUCUCUUAAAAAUGGAGUUUUUCAUACUAAAUUAAUAAAUCAAUUUCAACCAAAAGUAACAAGAUAUAUCACAUUAAUGCAAAAUUCAAUUACACAAUCAAUAGAGAAAGGAUUUGGUAAAGAAAAAUGGGAACCUAGAAAAGAUGGUUGUAGUACAUCAGAAGAUAUCUAUUGGAAGUUAGAUGCUCUUCAAGGAUUUGUUCACGAUCUUCAUUGGCCGGAGGAACAAUUUAAUAAAAAUUUAUUUGAAAAGAUGAAAAAUAUUUCAUCAGAAAUGAUAAAUGAUGUUGCAACAAGUACCUUUAAUUGCUUUGAAGGAUAUAUGGGAAGAGCAAAAAAAUCAACUGAUUAUAUACUUCCAAGUGAAGUAUGUGUUAUGUUAAAUGUAAUAUUUAGUUCAAAAUCUAGAGCAAUAAAAUUAAGAAUUGAUGCAUGUGAACAUAAAUAUGAAUCAAGAAUAGAUGAAACAUUAGAUAAAAUGUUAAAUGAUAUGGAAUUAAGUAUAAGAGAAAAAUUACUAUCAGUUUUAGAUUAUGUUCUUUCACGUCUUAGUAGAUAUGAUGAAGGUAAUCCAAUAGGUGCUAUAUUAUCAAUUGCUCCAAAACCAAAUGUAUUAUUUAAUAAAAUGAAAAAUUUAGUUGGCGAUCAAGGAAUUGUUCAUAAUUUGACAGGAUCAACUCAAGGAGGAAAUAAUAAUGGAAUAGCUAAUGGAAAUGUUAAACAACCUGCUAAUCAACAACAAAAUUCUAUUCACCUUGGUCAUUCAUAUGUAACAUUUAUGAGAGGUUCAACAGAAGUUUUAAGACAAAUUGUUACAGAUGAAGUAUGGGUUAACAAUUUAUUUGAAAGAUGGUAUGAUGGACAAAUGAAAAUGAUUAAUAAUUGGUUAACAGAAAGAUUGCAACAAUCAUUAUCAAGUUAUCAAUUAACUUGUUUAAUUCAUAUAAUGAAGAAAGUAUAUUCUGAUUUUGAGUUACAUGGUAUAGAUGAUGAAUGUUUGAAUAGUAAAAUAUAUCAAUCAAUUCAAAGAAGAUUAACAUUAGAAGAAACCAAUUGUGCUUUAACAGAAACUUCAUCAGGUAGUGGUUUAGGAAGUUCUUCUGGUGGUUCAUCUUUACCAGGAUAUUUUGGAAAUUUAAGUAAUGCUAGUCAAGCUGUAAGCAAUGUAUCUAGCAUGGUUGAAGGAGCUGGUGCUAAAGUAUUUUCACUUUUUAAAUAA